UUUGUCUCUUCCUAGCAUGAACGCAUCAUAAUGUCGACUGCCCUACCCUACAUCAACUCUUUCCUCUCCGUCUCCGUCACGCCAGCCCAAGCAAUUCUGUUGCUAGGGUUGAUUGUCUCGGUGCUCGCGUGGUUGCUGCUCAAGUGGCACAGCUAUGUGGAUCAUGCAUCCAAAGGCCCAACACGGGCAUCCCACAAACCUGCGGAGACCAAUCCAUUUGUGACUCCCCUGCCCGCGGCGUUGAGCAAUUUCGACCCCCGGUCUAAAGACCCGAAGUUGUAUCGGCCGUUCCGUCAUGGCAAGAACUUCGUCACGAUGGGAAUCCGAAAGCUCGAUUGGAACAAUUGGAUCGAGAUGGACUCAUACUUCUUACGCUACCACGAUAUGAAGGCGUCGGAGCUGAAGAAGGACAUCAAUGCCCACGUGAAAUAUGUUGACAACGCGGUCACCAGAGAUGCCUGCUUCGAAGUGUACGAGGAGCUGGUCCGCUAUCUCACGCACCGGUACCCCGAAGUCUUCCAGCUAAAGGAUAGCAUCCUCCAUAACACACUAACGGACGAGAAAUUCCAGUAUCCGGCCGGCUCGCCAACCGAAGCCAUGGCAACGGCGGCUCUACUGGUUCAGGAUGACCUAGUGAUCAUGGUCGAAAAUGAUGACGAACAAUAUCAUCUCGAUGCCGCAGCAGUCUGUCUCCCUGGGUUUUGGCGUCUCAAGGAAAAGUUCCGCAUGUCGCUCGAUACUCUCCACUUUGAAGCGGGGGUGCCGCAUUACGCUGCGAAGCUGCAAAAGUCCAUGAACCGGUUCUUCAAGGCGCUGACGCCAGACAAGCCCGUGGAGCGUAAUAAUUUUUUUAUCCAACUUGACGACGGCCUGCACUGGUCCCACCGCAUGGGCGAUCAAGGGGGGAAGGAAGUUGCAUCCUGGGCCACGGCAAAUAGCAAAGGCUUGACAGUGGACGAAAUCCACUUCCGCUCCGAACGACAAACUGUCCGUCGUCUACCUCGAUCUGGAGCGAUCCUGUUCACCAUCCGCACGUACUUCGAACCGGUGACGGCAAUCGCCAAAGAAGCGCAUAUCCCCGGAAGACUGGCCGAGGCCAUUCGCGCCUGGGAUGAGACGGUAUCCACCUAUAAGGGGAAAUCCCACUGGGAUCAGAUCCUUCUACCCUAUCUCGACGAGCAAGACCGCCAGCAGAGAGCCUCUGGAAUCCUGGAGCAAUCGGAAGGGGAAUUUCCAUACUGA